AUGGCCGCUCUUCCUGACACUUACGCCGACCCCGUCCGCAUCGCCGUGAUCGGUGGCACCGGUCUGCGUGAACUCCCCGGCUUCACCCAGGUUGCCUCUCUCGAGAUUUCCACGCCGUGGGGUAACCCCUCCUCGCCGAUUACCAUCCUUCACCACAAGUGCACCACCACCGGCAAGCUCGUCGCGGUCGCAUUCCUCAGUCGUCAUGGCCUUCACCACCAGCUGACGCCGCAUGAGGUCCCCGCUCGCGCCAACAUCGCUGCCCUGCGUUCCAUCGGUGUCCGUACCAUCAUCGCCUUCUCUGCCGUCGGUAGUUUGCAGGAGGAAGUCAAGCCGCGGGACUUUGUUGUGCCGAACCAGGUUAUUGACCGGACCAAGGGUUUCCGUCCGUGGACUUUCUUUGAGCAGGGUGUUGUUGCCCACGUUCCUUUUGCGGAUCCGUUCGAUGAGCGGGUUGCCAAGGUUGUGAGGGAGUGUGGACACAGCUUGGAGGGUGAGGGUGUGACAUUGCAUGACAAGGGAACCAUCAUCUGUAUGGAGGGACCUCAAUUCUCGACCCGCGCCGAGAGUCACAUGUACCGCUCCUGGGGUGGCACCGUUAUCAACAUGUCGUGUCUCCCGGAGGCCAAGCUCGCCCGCGAAGCCGAAAUCGCCUACCAGAUGAUCUGUAUGUCGACCGACUACGACUGCUGGCACGAGUCCACCGCCGAUGUUACCGUCGAGAUGGUUAUGGGUAACAUGAAGGCCAACGCCGAGAAUGCCCGCCGCUUCGUCACGGCCGUCCUUGAUACCCUGGCCAAUGACAAGCACUCCGAUUUGGUCCAGGCCAAGCACAUCGAGGGAUCUAUCAAGUUCGGCCUUACCACUCCCCAGGCUCACUGGAGUCCCGACGCCCGGCAGCGUCUGGAGUAUCUGUUCCCUGGUGCUUUCCAUUAA